CGAAUCUCCCAGAGAGACUCUGACUCUUUUGUUUAAAUGGCAAUGACGCUCAUUGCUGGUGGCGAUCUGCUACUCCAACUAAUAUUGCUACCAGAUACUUCUCUCUGCUGCUUCUUCUUCUUCUUCUUCCCCUGCGCCUCCAUUGUCAUCCUGCAUGCGCCCCACCUCACCUGAACACACUACUCCCCCUCUCUCUGUGCUUCCAACACUGCAAUGGCUGAUCACCCUUCUGCUGACUCGCUCUCUGUGACUCGCUGGCUCACUGAGUUCGUGCUAAUCGCCUCGACUUUGGCUGCUCUGCCUCUCGUUAGUGGCACCACCGAUGCUUCUGAUGUUCGAGCACUUCAGGUACUGUACACCUCAGUAAACAGUCCUUCUCAGCUAACCGGUUGGAAAAGUAGUGGCGGUGAUCCGUGUGGAGAGUCAUGGAAAGGGGUAACUUGUGAGGGCUCAGCUGUUGUUUCAGUAGAGGUUUCCGGGUUAGGUCUCAGUGGAACUAUUGGAUACUUGCUUUCCGACCUGCUAUCAUUGUUAAAACUUGAUUUGAGCGACAACAAUUUUCAUGAUACAAUCCCAUAUCAGCUACCGCCAAAUCUUACAAGCCUAAAUCUUGCAAGGAACAACUUCACUGGAAAUUUACCUUAUUCUAUUGCCAACAUGGUUUCUCUCAGUUAUUUGAAUGUUAGCCGUAACUCACUAUCCCAGUCAAUUGGUGACAUUUUUGCUCAUCUUGCUGGCCUUUCUACCUUGGAUCUAUCUCUUAACAACUUUACCAGUGAUAUUCCUAAUUCCUUAAGUUCAUUGUCCAAUCUUUCUUCCCUCUAUAUGCAGAACAAUCAACUGACUGGUACUCUCAAUGUUCUGACGGGUUUGCCUUUGACUACUUUAAAUGUUGCCAACAACCAUUUCAGUGGAUGGAUACCCCAAGAGCUUAGUUCAAUUCGUACUUUUAUUUAUGAUGGAAAUGGUUUUGAUAAUGGUCCUGCUCCUCCACCACCACCAUAUAACCCACCUCCCCCGGGAAGAUCUACUAAGAAUCGCAGUCGUUCCGGAUCUGGAACACCCCCACAGGGAUCUGAUGGCCAAUCACAUGAUUCAAAAAAUGGGCUGGCCGUUGGGGCUUUGGUAGGGAUAAUUCUGGGUUCUGUUUUUGUUGCUCUCAUUGUCUUACUUGCUCUUGCCUUUUGCAUACGCAAAAAUAAAAGGGAGGACAGGAUUCCAAGAGCUUCUGGGGGAAAUGUCUCUGCUCGCACAAAUAAUGUAAAUACUGAGAUGCAAGAGCAGAGGGUAAAAAGUGCGGCUGCUGUAACUGAUCUCAUGCCUCCACCCGCAGAAAUUUUGGUGGUUGAUAGGUUACAUAGUAAAAAUGGAUCGAUAAAAAGGAUAAAAUCACCUAUCACUGCUACUCCUUAUACUGUAGCCUCUCUCCAAUCAGCAACUAAUAGCUUCAGUCAAGAAUUUCUUAUUGGUGAAGGUUCUCUUGGACGUGUUUACAGAGCAGAGUUCCCUAAUGGAAAGAUAAUGGCAAUUAAGAAAAUUGACAAUGCAGCACUAUCAUUGCAAGAGGAAGAUAAUUUCCUUGAAGCUAUUUCAAAUAUGUCGCGCUUGAGGCAUCAAAACAUUGUUACACUGGCUGGAUAUUGCGCAGAGCAUGGGCAGUGUCUUCUAGUCUAUGAGCAUAUAGGAAACGGGAGCUUGCAUGACAUUCUUCAUUUUGCUGAAGAUGGCAGUAAGACUCUGAAUUGGAAUGCCCGUGUUAGGGUAGCACUUGGCACAGCUCGAGCUUUAGAGUACUUGCAUGAAGUUUGCUUACCUUCUGUUGUACAUAGAAACUUCAAGUCAGCAAAUAUUUUACUUGAUGAAGAGCUCAAUCCCCACUUAUCUGACUGUGGAUUAGCUGCUCUAACGCCAAACACAGAGCGACAGGUUUCACCUCAGAUGGUGGGUUCAUUUGGUUAUAGUGCUCCUGAAUUCGCCUUGUCAGGAGUAUACACUGUAAAAAGUGACGUCUACAGCUUUGGGGUGGUGAUGCUCGAGCUGUUGACUGGUCGGAAGCCACUAGACAGUUCAAGGUCGAGGUCAGAACAGUCACUUGUGAGAUGGGCUACUCCCCAACUACAUGAUAUAGACGCCCUAGCAAAAAUGGUUGAUCCGGCCUUAAAUGGCAUGUAUCCUGCGAAGUCUCUUUCACGUUUCGCUGACGUCAUUGCGCUUUGUGUUCAGCCGGAGCCUGAAUUCCGGCCUCCCAUGUCCGAAGUUGUGCAAGCGCUGGUCCGCUUAGUGCAAAGAGCAAGCGUGGUCAGACGUUCAAGUGACGAAUCUGGUUUCGCAUACAGGACCCCCGAUCACGAAGCAAUUGACAUGCCAUUUUAAGUGUCCCCGGCAUCCUUUUUUCUCACUUUUCUUUUUCUUGCUAGGAGAGAUUCCAUGGUGUGUGAGUUGAUAGAUUCAAACCCAAGCCUCGGGAAGGAGACGACGCAGACAAGUACCUUUUUUCCUGUUGAAGCACAUAUGUUGAAGAUAUUUGCAGUUUUUCUUAUACAAAUGGGGAGGCGAGGUUCGGAUGGAACACAUAGAAGCGGAGACGAACAAACGAUUUGUGCUGAAAUUAGAUUAAAAAGAUAUAUAAUUAUGAUUCAUAAAGUUUUAUUUGCACAUAAUAAUAAACCUUACGAUCACUGUCAAACAAUUAAAUGCAAUGCAAGUAUUCUGGUAAUUGGCAGCUAAAUUUUUA